AUGCGUCAGGCGGACCGCGGCCUCGACGUUCUGGCAGAACUCAAGUACAGGGACGCCGAAGUGGGAAUGAACCCUGGAAGACACCGGGACGCGGCCGGUGAGCGGCGCGAUGGCCGCGCCGGCAAGCCGGACGUCAACAGCGUGCUCAACAGCAUCAUCAGCUUGCUGGGCGACAACGUGCGGCUGGUGGGUCCGCCGGCCGACCGCGCGCCCAACCGAGGCCCGAACAGGCAGCGGCCGCGACCGCGACCGCCCGGCAACCGACCUGUGGCGCCCACGCGCAUCAACAACCGUGGUCCGCCGCAGUUUGUGGCUGUAAAGAACCGGCCGGCGCCGCAGCAGCGGCCGCCCAUCGCGCCGUACGCCAACGGCGUUCCGCUGCCCGAGCAGUUGGUGCCACUGCGAGGCGAAGCCACGCCCACCACGCCGGCGCCGCCCAUUCGGCAGACCGUCGUCACCGACGUGGACCAGCUGCCGGCUAGCGAGCGGCCCGGUCGGCCGGGGUCGGUGGUGGACGCCACGCGGCCCCGGCCGCCGCCGCACCGGCCGCCCGGCAGACCCCAGGUCAUCCAGGCGCAGCGGGUUGGCGAAGUGUUUGACAUCACCGUGUCGGCGGCCCAAGGGUUCGGCGGCGGCCGCCGACCGCCCCCGCCGCAGACGCCCUCCGGACAGCCCUACGUCUUCCCAGUGGAUAUCAACCAGCUGCGCAGGCCAGGAGACAUCAUUACCGAGCCAGACGCCGUCAACAACGUGGUCUCCAUCGACGGUCGGCGCACCUACUUUGACCUGGCGCCCACCGACGCCACCAAGGCAGGCGGGGCCUACCAGACGGUGGGUGCAGGUCUCGGCCCAGUGGGUCAGGCGCCGUCCAGCCGACCCUCACGCCCGACGCGGCGACCCGUCCAACCCACCCCGCCGCCCAGCCGCCAGCGACCUCAGCGGCCCCAGCGGCCUCAGCGGCCGCAGCGGGCUGGCCAGCGCCGCAGGCCGUCACCGCCGCCCAUCCGGAUCGACACGUGUAUCGUGGGCGACGACAGCACGUGCAAGCGCGAGUACAACGAGCGGUGCCGGACUGAGGACGGCGUCUCGUCGUGCCUCUGCCGGCCCGGCUACAACCGACUGCGGCCUCGCACGGCCUGCAAACGUGUGGUGUCGGUGGUGAUGUCGGUGAAGGUGGACGGCGUCGGAGACCAGCGCCUGUCCUGGGACUCGUCGCUGGCCGACCCGGACUCCGAGGUCUUCCAGCAGCUGGCCUGGGACGCUCAGCACGCCAUUGGCUCGGCCAUGUCCGGCACCACCAUGCGCGACAUCUACAUGGGGAACCGGGUAAGCGCGUUCUACCCGCUGUCCGGCGGCGUGGUACUGAACACGACGGUCAGCCUGCUAGACACGGCGCAGACGCGGCGGCGCCAGGUCAAAGACGAGCUGCAGCGUCAGAUGGUGCGUGCCAUCAAGGCCAGCGACAACAACAUCGGCGACUCGACUCUCUUUGUCGAGGGCCCGCUCAACCCAGUGCCCGGCGUACAAGACCUGAACGAGUGCAGCGAUCCUGACCAGCACGACUGCGACGAGCACGCCGAGUGUAGCAACGUGUUCGGCAGCUUCCUCUGUCGCUGUCAGCCCGGAUACGACGAUAGGUACCGCAGCGACGUGCAGAGGGCCGGCCGGUACUGCGACUCGUGCACUGACGACUACUGCAGCGACCGCGGCACCUGCCAGAUCUACGACGGGGAGAAGACCUGCCUAUGUCGCGGCUCGUACUACGGCGCGCGUUGUGACGUGGACGGCGAGGUGCUGGGCGCGGCGCUGGGCGCCACAGCCGCAGCCGCCCUCGUUAUCGUGGCCACCUUCAUCUGCCUCUGCAAAUGGAGCAAACGCUGGCACCGCGGCCAGGGCCACAACAAGGUCGAGAUGGGCACGCUGGGCGCCGCCAGCGGCUACUCCUUCAUGAAGCCGUCGGCGGCGGCCGCGGCGCACGCCAACUUUGCCCUCUCGAUGGAGGAGCGCAUGCGCUGGGCGCAGAUGGCUGAGGCGAUGGGCCACCAGAAUCUGUACGCGGUCCCCAUGUACGCCUCCCACCCAGCGCUGAACCGCUCCGGCACCGUGCACUCCUCUAUGCCACGCCACCCGCCCGGGGCCGUGCACCUCUCGCUGGCGCGCAGCCGCGCGGGUGCCGUUCACUCCUCCCUAGACUACAUCCUGACCCCAGUGGUGGCGGCGCCGCGCUCUCGACACGGAUCGGGCGGCGGCGCCUUCUCCCGCACCCUCUCCCUGCCUCCCCAGCAGCGGGUGGCCUCGCCCAAGGCCGGCCCCUGGUGGCUGCCCGCCCGCCUCCGGGCCAGCAAGAAGACGCUGUCCAGGAGCGGCGAAAAACCGGAGCCGCUGUACGGGGCCGGAGGGGUGCCGCUAUACGCCUCGCAGCCCAACCUACAGGGCACCAUGGCGGACGGGCCGGCCAGCCUCAACCUCACGAGGAACGGUCGGCCGGCGUUCGCGGCGCAGGCCAUGCGCUGCAUGACGCCGGUGUACGGCGGCGGGGAGCGGCUGGCGCCG